UUCUGGAGGCUCUCCCAUCAAUCAUCACAGCUGGAGAUGUGACUUUUUUAAAGUCAGAUCUCAGCUGCUUUGGAAAGAAGAAAGAUUAUGAAAGAGGCACUUUCUCUGGUGUUUUGGGCAUGGAUCAGUUUGAAGCCAAGAGCUGGCUGUCCUUAUCUCCACCUCCAAAGGUGUAGCUCUGCAGCACCUCCAGCAGUGAGUGCUGAAAGCUGUGAAGGUUUCAGGUGGGACACAACAAUCAGCUGCCAAGAGCAAGACCCCCUCCCUUCCCACCAAGCCAGGAGCCCCCAGCGGUCCCUCCUCCCCGCGGGGUGUGCUCCGGGCUCCCUUACAGUGCCUCCUGCUGCCGCCGGGAUCCAAACCACAAACCGCAGCUCGAUUUCUGGGAGCACCUUCACCUCGAGCUGAAGUUGGUGGUUUUCGGGUCUGCAGCCGCUGUGCACAGCCUGGGAGGGGACGGGAGGUUCCUCCGCCGGCGGGCGAGGGACCCUGCCCCACCAGGAGGGCGGUGCUGCCCCGCCACAGGGCGGGAUGCUGCCCCGCCGGGGCAGAGGGAUGCUGAGCGGCGAGCAGCGAGAGACGCUUUCGCACGGGAGGAAGGAGGCGGCGAGCAGAUGUGCUGCGGGGGAAGCGUGCCCCGGAACCCCCUUUUAAUCACCCUGCUCUUGAAAAGCAGGGCACGAAAUGCCGUGUAAAGCCCUGCCCGGAGCCCCCGAGCCCGUCCUGCAGAAGUUGGUCGGUUUGUGGUAACACCUUUUUGCAUCGUUCUAUCCAAAAGAUAAAAAGAUGAAAGCCUGGGUCAUGCUUUGCAGCAAAUUUCAUGUAACAUGCGAGGGGAACUGAAGCAGAAACCAAAGCCACGGCAGAGCAGCAUCUGACCUUGUCACUGGGGGGCAGAAAACAGCCGCUGCUUCCACUGGUGCUUCGAUCAAGCUCCCUGGGCGAUGUGGAAUUGCAGAGAGCUCACAAAGUGCAAGUUCCUUCCAGGUCCGUGGGGUGAAUAAAAAUUGUUAAUUCUUGCCUCGAUUUGUCAUCCUUUGGGGGAAAAAAGAGGUAUGUCAGACUGGCCAUUGUACAGUUAGACCAAGCACAACUGGAAGUGGGUUGCUCCAGAGAUGAGAGUGACUGAGGCCAGCAAAGCCAAGGAGAAGCCUGUUCAGCUGCUCAUCUACCCGGGAUUCCUUGGAGAGGUGAUAAAGUGAGUAAUAAGGCAAAGUGGGAGUUAUAAAGUGGAUGCGACAGCUCCAGCAGAACUUCUUCUCACUGCCACAUACGCUCGUUGCAAAGCAACUAAUGUUAUUUGGAAAUCUGUUUGAGGAAAAAAAUGCACUUUGAGCAUCUCUGCAGUUCUGGAGUCUGAAGCAUUGAUCAGGAAAAUCGGCAGCACAGCGCCAACAAAGGAGAAGAGAACAUGGUGAAGGCAGCUAAGGAAAUUGAAAUGGAGAGCCCAAGAGAGGCAGAGACUCCCAGCACAGGGGCCACAUGUUCCCCACCAGAGGAACAAGCAAAAAAACCCUCCAUGCUCUGUUUUAAGAAGCGGAAGAAGUCCUGUAAGAAAGGGCUGACUGUGAAGGAUGCGUGCGAAGGAGCCUCAGAGGAGAAAAGCCAAUGUGCCAGCGCUGACCAAGAGGAGGCCAAAGCUUCCAAUCCAUCACGAUCCUCCAAAGGAACCUGGGCAGCCAUCAAAAACCUUGCCCGACCUCAGAGAAGGCAGAAGUCCUCCUCACGGAAGAAGGUGCCCUCUGAUUCCCAAGUGCAGCUGGAGGUGGAUGCUGAGGAGAGCUGCGCACAAGACCUCCCAAAGAAACGGGCGAGCUCUGGGGUGAAGAUGCCCUGCGUGAGGUUCUCCAGAGGUAAGAAAAAACCCAGCCCCUCAGAAGCAGUGGAGGAGUCAGAGGGCAGUGUUCCAGCAAAUGAAGUGAUGGGUGUUGUGAACAAGGCUGGUGAAGAGCCAGAGGAUUUGGCCCCAACAGACAAAUCUGAGUCCUUCAGCCCAGCCUCUGCAAAGGAGGAGCAGGAUACCGCGAAGCAGGAGCAGCAUGGAAUGAAAGAGGACCAGGAUACAGUGAAAGAGGACAACCAUACAGAAAAGGAAAGUGACACCUCUGUUGGGAAGAGUGAGCCCUUGACAGAGCCCACACGUGAUGCAGAACAUUUGGAGUGCACUGUUCAGUUGGAGAUAACCAGUUCAGAGACAUUUGAUGAAGCAGCCCAGGAAAAACUGCAGGAAGGGAGUCUGCCCCAAACCACCAAUGGUGUGGAGGGCAGGGAAGUUGCUCCCGAAGCCCCUGCUUCUAAAGAUCAACCUGACAAUGUCCCGGAAAUCACAGAGUGGCAGGAAAUCCCUCAUAUCUGCAAAGAGAUGCCUGGAAGGGAUGAACUGGAAAAGAGCAUAAAUCUUUCUAAGGAGUGCAAAGCCGAGGAGACUGUAACUGAUUUCAGUGAGUUGGCAUCUGGAGGUGAUGCAGCGAGUGUGCAGGAUGCAGCGAGUGUGCAGGAGGCAGCAAGUGUGAAGGAUGCAGUGAGCAUGCAGGAUGCAACGAGUGUGCAAGAUGCAGGGAGUGUGAAGGAGGCAGCAAGUGUGCAGAAUGCAGCGAGUGUGCAGAAUGCAGCGAGUGUGCAGGAUGCAGUGAGUGUGCAAGAUGCGGCAAGUGUGAAGGAUGCAGUGAGUGUGAAAGAGGCAGCGAGUGUGCAGGAUGCAGUGAGUGUGAAAGAGGCAGCGAGUGUGAAGGAGGCAGCAAGUGUGCAGGAUGCAGCGAGUGUGAAGAAUGCAGUGAGUGUGCAGGAGGCAACAAGUGUGCAGGGUGCAGCAAGUAUGCAGGAUGCCACAACUGUGCAGGAUGCAGCGAGUGUGAAGGAUGUAGUGAGUGUGAAAGAGGCAGCGAGUGUGCAGGAUGCAGUGAGUGUGCAAGAUGCCACAAGUGUGCAGGAUGCCACAAAUGUGCAGAAUGCAGCGAGUGUGCAGGAUGCAGCAAGUGUGCAAGAUGCAGCGAAUGUGCAGGAUGCAGCCAGCAUGAAGGAUGCAGUGAGUGUGCAGGAGGCCAUGAGUGUACAGGAUGCAGCAAGCAUGAAGGAUGCAGUGAGCGAGCAGGAGGCAGCAAGUGUGAAGGAUGCAGCAAGUGUGCAGGAUGCCACAAGUGCACAGGAGGCAGUGAGUGUGCAGGAAGCAGUGAGUAUGCAGGAUGCAGCAAGUGUGCAGGAUGCAGCGAGUGUGAAAGAUACAGCAAGCAUGCAGGAUGCCACAAGUGUGCAGGACACAGUGAGUGUGCAGGAGACAGCGAGUGCCCAGGAUGUAGCAAGCGUGAAGGAUGCAGUGAGUGUGCAGGAGGCAGCGAGUGUGGAGGAUGCAGCAAGUGUGCAGGAGGCAGCAGGUGCGCAGGAAUGCUCCAGCCAUCAGAUACUAGAAGCAAAUGCAGGCGCUGGUGUCAGCAUCGUCAUCACCAUCACCGAAGCUGAGGACUCUGACAACACCGACUCUGACCAGGCCUAUGAGCCGUCCCCAGUUUUGCACCAAAAAAAGCAAAAAGGGAAUAAAAAAUCGAACAGGAACACUGAUGUUGGUCAAAAAGAGGGCCCCGAGGCUGGUGGCGGUCCCCAGGCAGAGGAGAAAGGUCUGGGUGACCAGGGGCACAGAACUGGGGAGCAGUACGAGUUGCUCCUCAUAGAAACCGCCUCCUCCCUCGUGAAGGCGGCCAUUCAGUCAUCCAUAGAGCAGCUGGUCAACGAAAUGGCCCUGGAACAGAAUAAACACAACAGCUUUCUGUGAUGGCAGCCUUGCCCCAGAGAGGAAGGGCAGAGGGAGUGAUUUCAAGCUCCGUUUGGCCUGCGGGGUGUGUGGAGAACUGGGAGAGCUCCCGGGGCCGCGGUGUAGUCGAUCCUGCAUGCCCGUUCAGUUGUGUCCAUGUGAAACGGAUCCCGGGACGAGGGCAGACCCUGCUGAGCGCAGCGCGUCCCCUGGGGCUUCAGACAGCGCCGCUGACCACAGCUGCGGAAAAACUAAGGUGUUCCAGAGACUGUAUUUUCACUUAUUGGCACAUUUAUGUCAAGGCCACAUUUCUGCUGUCCCCCAUGCCCUGCUUCCCCGCUGUUCAUGCUGUAGAUCUGCGCGUACCAUGUGUUUGAAGAAAGGUCCUGGGAGGCAGUGAGUGCCUGACCUGCUGCUGGGCUGGAUUCGGGGCACGCUGAAACAGCUGGAGGCUUGCUGGGGCUUUAUUGCAGACGAGGAAGAGCGAAGUGUCUGCAACAUUAACAAGAGAGCAUCACUGCCAGGCUGUGCUUUGUGCUGUGAACCGGCCCUCGCUACGCCCCGGCGCAGGGAGCCGCGCUCACUGCUGAGGCACGGAGCCGGCGGCUUCCAGCGAGCUCUCUCCUUCCCUCACUCGGCCUCUCCCCCGUCAGGAGCAGCCUGCGCAUCUCCAGACCCGCUAAAGCUCAACAUCAGCCUCGCCCUGCUGACCCCGGGCUGCGCCAAUGCCGAGAGAGCGGCAGCGCCUCGUCUGCCGGGGGACCCCUCUCGCCCCUCGGAGCCCGGCGGGCAGAAUUCCCGGCUGGGCCGGGCGGGAGCAGCCCCGCCGCCCGCUGCCCCUCUCCUCCCUCGCCUCCCUCCGUCCCCAUGCCGCUGUCGUGCUGAGGCUCUCCUCAGAUGUAGCGUAUUUUUUUAUACAUGGCAUGCGAUAUAAAUAGCAGUGAGCUGCAUGCGUGUUAGCAGUCGGCAUGGUUCGGGAAGCUGCAGCGUGCUGCCGGCGCUGGGAUCGCUUUGGUUUGGUCUGAGUGCCGCUGGCAUCCCCGGCUGCCGGCGGAGCCCGUCCCGCACCGCUCCCCGCUCCUCCCGCCUUCAUCCCGCCCAGGCAUCCCUCGGGAAUCGUGCGCUGUGCCCGGCUCGCUGCCUCCGGGCUCUGGCACGCCACGUAGCUCGCUCUGAAACAUGCAGGGAAAUGCUGGAGCAAUCUUACCAAAGUCCUCAGGGGAAAAAAAAAAAUCCUGACAUGAGGGCCUGAGGACGUGGCUGGAGGAUGCCUGGACAAGCCCACUGCUGUCAAACCCGCGGACUGCCCUGCCCCGAGGGGUCUGCACGUGUGUGUGAGCAUCACCCCCAGCUACCAGCACUCCAGGAGAAAGGGGCCUUUUAGUAAUAUGGGAUUGCAUCUGCGUGGCUGGGAUUCGUGUCCAGCUGUGGGCAAGGCAGUGGGGUGUUCCUCUGAGAAAAUUCUCCUGCGUGUUCCUCAGCCAGCACAGAAACAGCAGCUGUGCUUGGCGAUUGCUCACUGACUGUGCGCUGAGAUCUCCCUUCCCAGCAGCACAGACUUUGGAUUCCUGCUAAAAUACAAGGGCUGUACCUGUCCCUCGUACCUGGUGCACAAACAUGUUUUAAACCUUGAUAAAACAUCUCCUCGAUGUCACAAGAGGACUGCGAGCAGCAAGAGCCACAGCUCAUCUCUGUGAAAGUAAAACUUAAAAAAACCCAGAGGGUGGUAAAGAAAAAAAAAAGUGUCUUUUUUUCCCUGUGAAUUUGUUUAUUAAGUUAUCAGCUAUUGAUAAUUCAGUGUGUACGAUUUUAAUGGCUUUGUACUUCAUACUGGUCCUUCCAGGUAUUUUGCCAUAGUUUUGAAAAAGAGACUUUUAAAGGACUUUCAGAUGUACCUUUGGAGCUGCUGCAGCACCCCAGGAAGAGCCAUCCUGAUGCUGGCAGAGGCCUACAGGAUUACACUGGGCACUGUGGCAGGCUGGUGCUGAGCAAAGGGCUGCAGCAUUGCUGUGGGAUCCCGCUGGAGUCAGCUGCAGAGGAGGAUGUCCAAGCUUUAGUAAAUAAACACAAAAUUACCCCAGAGGGCCAGGCUGUCAUCCUCUGUCAGCCUGCUGAGCUGUUUUGGGAGGAUUUGGUGUUAUUUCAGUAUUGCCUUUUAGGCGAAACACAUCUUCAAAAAAGGAGGAGAAUGGCAGAAAUGCCCAGUCCAGCCCUGCCCCGUGACUUGCUCCGUGUCAGGGGCUGGGUUUGCAUCCUCUCUUGUAUCUGGUUUUCCCUCUGUUACAGCUGUACAUGAAACUGAUGAUUAUUUCAUUAAAGCUGAAUGUACCUGUUGUUUUCUUGCCUUGUGAUUGAGUGGGCAGCUAUGGAGAGAUUUUAGAUGUGAAAGGAUUAACUCACAGUGGUGCUCCAUUGUGUCCAGCUUGUUCAGGCAGUCAUACAGUGAGCAGAGAGAAAUCUUAAUGCUGGUGGCAGACCCAAAUUCUUUGGAGGUUUGCACCUCCUCUGCCCUUUCUAUGGCAUUUCCUUUGGUUGCUGGUCAAUCAUUUCUGCUAGAGAGUCCUGGCUGCCCAGGGACUGCUAUAAGGAAUUUGUGAAGGAUCACAAAUCUCUGGCAGCUAAGAAAAGCCAUCCUGCUGCCCCAUGGCUAAAUUCCCUGUUAGAUACCCUGUGGCACCAGAGGAAAAUGUCUGAGGCUCUGCAGACUGACAAGGGUGGUGCUGACAGCCUUCAGGUUGGGGCUGGCAUUUCGGGAAGGGGAGCAGCACAUUUGGUGUUUUGGCACUUUCUGUGGCAGAUCAAAUAGGUCCCACACCCUAAUUGUUUGGGGGCUUUUUGCAUAAUGUCCUUCAUGUCCUUCAAGGUCCAUCUUCCUUCUUGAGGCAGUUUAAAACAUACACAAAAUACGGGGGAAAGGAGUUAUAAAUUUUUAAUAGUAUUAAUGCUAUCUAUUCUUUCAAGUUUACAGAACAAAAUACAGGCUCAUAACAGCUGCUAUUGACUUAAUUAAGACUCUCUACUCCUUCCUUAUGAUUAGAGAGUAGACCAUUAAUAAGACAUUAAUUCUUUCACAGAAGGAGUAAUAAAUUUACUAUUGUGAAAGAGUGGCGGGCCAGGGAACCUGUGAGGAUGUGGCUGUGUGGCUGUGACAGAGCACCAAAGGGUGGCCUGACUUUAGGACCACCAUCCUCACCAACAGCUAAAAUAAUCUGGCAUUAUCAUAGAAUCACAGGAUCAUUCAGGUUGGAAAAGACCUCUAAGAUCACCAAGCACUGCCAAGGCCACCACUAAACCGUGUCCCCAGGUGCCACAUCUACAUAUUUUUUAAACCCCUCCAGGGAUGGUGACUCCACCAUUGCCCUGGGCAGCCUGCUCCAAUGCUGGACACUCCUCUCAGGGAAGAAUUUUUUCCUGAUAUCCAAUCAUUUUUAUGGCCAUAUUCAGCUUGCUUCUGAGCUAGAUUCAUUGCUUGCUGCCCUCUGAAUCAUGGAAGUGGUUCUUCUGCUCACCCCACAACCUGUGCUGUUGCUUUUGUCCCAGAUGCUUCCAGGGCUCUCCUCAGUGGGGACAAUCCAGCUCCAAAUCCAACAAGUUCCCUAUCCUUGCUUUGCAGUGUCAUGUUGAAUAUUUUCAUCUCCCACAGCUUUUUUAUAUUAACAGCAAAGAAAAAGGUGUUUAAAUAGUAUAGCUCGUACCCAGAGAGGCUUCCAGGGGGAUAAAAAGCUUUUCUGUUAAGUCAACACUGAGCCCAGCAGAAAACAAGCGUAUCCAUUGAAAAGUUCCCUGUGAAAUCUGCCAGUAGACAACGAUGGCACAAACAAAUAUUGCAUUUUCUUUCCUGCCCUGGGACACCAGAAAUGGAUUAGAAAUGCACAGGGGCAGAUCUCCAGCUGCUGAAGGUCAUGGCAGCUCCAUAGGCUUCAAAGGACUGACUCUACAGCAGCCAGGAGUCUGGUGUUUGAAUCCAAGGUGCAAUCCCUGCAUAAAUCCCUGCACAAAUCAUGGACAUUCUCAUAUGCAACAUGUAUGAAAGUGAAGAUGCAGUUGUGGGGGGUUUUGUUGUUGUUUUGUGGGGUUUGGGUUGGGUUUUGUCUUUUUUUUUUCCCCACAAAUGUAUGUAAGAAAUUGAGUAAAUUCACAAAAUACAUGGGAAUGUUGGUUUUCACUUGGGAUGGAUGGAUGGAUGGAUGGAUGGAUGGAUGGAUGGAUGGAUGGAUGGAUGGAUGGAUGGAUGGAUGGAUGGAAGCCAGACCCACAUUUACAGGCACUGAAGCCCUAAUGUUUCCUGUGUUAUAGAUAGAGCCUUUCAACAUGAGUAACUCAAAAUGAACUGCUCCAAGGAAACAGAUUGAUUUAAAUAAUUGCUUUAAUAUGAUUUUACCUCUGCAGUUUUAUUUCCCAGAGAAAUGGUUCUUGUCAGCUCUUGUUGGGUAGUACUAAAAUAAUGAAAUACUUUUCAUUUGCAAAUGGACAAAAUCUUAACAUUAAAUGUGACUUUAAAAAACACCUAA